GGCAAAAGGACGGGCAUAGCCGAAGAGGCAAAUUGUGUGGUGGGCUUUGCCAUCAAAUCCCAACCCGGGAUCAUCGACCACAGGGCGCGCUAUCCACAUCGUUUCCCGCGCAAAAUGAACGCCAUGGCCGCCACCGCCACCGCCUCCACGUCGCUCCCGGCGAGGACCUUCUCAAGCGCCCGCCCCGUCGCAUGGAUCGCCGCCCGGUGCCUCCCAAGACGGGCAGGAGGAGGGAGCAUGCUGUCGCCCUCUCCUCUCCGCUCAUCCGCCGCGAGAACGCUGCGAGCGGAGGCAGCUCGCGCGUCCGCCGCGGGCGCGGGCGGAGCGCCGGCUGCAGCCCUGCCGGCGGCCCUGCUCUUCGACUGCGACGGCGUGCUCGUGGACACCGAGAAGGACGGCCACCGCAUUUCCUUCAACGAGACGUUCGCCGAGAGGGAAUUAGGUGUGAGCUGGGAUGUUGAACUGUACGGAGAAUUGCUCAAGAUAGGCGGUGGGAAGGAAAGGAUGACAGCAUAUUUCAACAAGACAGAGUGGCCAGCUAAAGCGCCAAAGACUGACGAAGAAAGAAAGGAAUUCGUUGCUUCUCUUCACAAGAGGAAAACAGAAUUGUUUAUGGCCCUAAUUGAGAAGAAGUUGCUUCCUCUCCGUCCAGGUGUUCAAAGGUUAAUUGAUGAAGCUCUAGGAAAAGGGGUGAAAGUUGCAGUAUGCAGUACUUCAAAUGAGAAAGCUGUUUCAGCAAUAGUAUCGUGCUUACUGGGGCCUGACCGAGCAGAAAAGAUUACCAUAUUCGCUGGGGAUGUGGUUCCUCGCAAAAAACCUGAUCCGGCAAUCUACUUGCUAGCAGCAACUACAUUGGAAGUUGAUCCAUCUAGCUGUGUUGUUGUUGAAGACAGUAACAUAGGGCUUUCAGCGGCCAAAGCUGCUGGUAUGAAGUGCAUUGUAACAAAAAGCGGGUACACCGCAGAUGAGGACUUCGUGAUAGCGGACGCCGUGUUCGAUUGCAUCGGCGACCCUCCGGAAGGGCGCUUCGAUUUAGAGUUCUGCGCCAACCUCCUCCAGAAACAAUUCGUGAGCUGAGUAAGCACAUGCUCAGAGUCGACCGGCCUCGUACAUAAAUCUUGUACAGAAGUUUCCCAAGAGUGGUAACCACCAGUUUUAAAUGGUUUUGAAUAUAAAAGAAACACCGCUAUUUUGCACAAAGAAAUGGCUGGCAUUCAACGACACUUGCAAAAUUGUCCGGGUCCUUGGAAAAUUCAUAAAUCAUCCUAUAUUUCUCUA